AUAAAUGUUGUUCAUCCCCCCUGGUUUACACCAUCACAAAUUAACCAUUAUGGCUAAGCCUUCUGCUGCUUUUUUUGCUUCUCUGCUUCUUUUUUCGUCUCUUGCUCUUGUUUCUGUUUCUGAGGCUAAAGACUCCGCCCAUCUUGUGAAGGGUCUUUCAUGGAGUUUCUACAAGAAGAGCUGCCCGAAAGCUGAAUCAAUCAUUAGAAAACAGCUCAGAAAGGUCUUCAAGGAUGACAUUGGCCAAGCUGCUGGCUUGCUUCGUCUCCAUUUCCAUGACUGCUUCGUUCAGGGAUGCGAUGCUUCAGUGUUGCUGGACGGAUCAGCAAGCGGGCCAAGCGAGCAAGAUGCGCCGCCGAAUCUGACCUUGAGGGCGAGGGCAUUUGAGAUCAUCGAUGAUCUUCGUGCUCGCGUGCACAAGGAGUGUGGAAGAGUAGUCUCUUGUGCUGAUAUUGCUGCCAUUGCAGCUCGCGAUUCAGUUGCCCUGUCUGGAGGUCCCGAUUACGACGUGCCAUUGGGGAGGCGAGAUGGGCUUACCUUCGCAACAAGAAAUGCAACUAUAGACAACCUUCCAGCCCCAACUUCCAACGCCAGUGUCCUCCUUACCUUUCUGGCCACCAAGAACCUUGACGCCACUGACCUCGUGGCCCUCUCUGGCGGCCACACCAUCGGCGUAGGCCACUGCAGCUCCUUCACGGAGCGCCUCUAUCCCACUCAAGACCCUACAAUGGAAAAAAACUUCGCUGAGGACCUCGAGGAAGCCUGCCCCGAAUCCGACACCAACAACACCGUCGUGCUCGAUAUCCGGUCGCCCAAAGCCUUCGACAACAAGUACUACGUUGACUUGAUGAACCGCCAAGGCCUGUUCACGUCGGACCAAGAUUUGUACACGGACAAGAGGACGAGGGAUAUCGUGAAAGCCUUUGCGGAGGACCAGAGUUUGUUCUUUGAAGAGUUUGUGAAGUCGAUGUUGAAGAUGGGGCAACUCAGUGUGUUGACUGGGAAACACGGAGAGAUUCGGGCUAAUUGUUCGGUGAGGAAUCCGGAUAAUAAGAAGUUUUUGGCUUCUGUGGUUGAAGAAGAUGUGGUGGAAGAAGCUUGGUCUGAGCUGAGGUAGGCGGUGGCUGAGUUUAUUAGUAUACUUAACUUGUGGACUUGGUGUAAUAAUGUCGUCUUUUCUUUUUUUUCGGUUUCAACCUGGAAUAUAUAACAAAAUAUGUUAUUUUAUGCUGAAAAUAAAUUAUGUCGAAGAUUUUUAGGUAAAAGGAUUAGGUAAUAUAUCAAAAUUUGAUUUUUCU